UCAUCUAAUUAUUCCAACCAAACAAAACGAAAUAAAUUAAUCGCUGUCUUCUCUGUUCUGUUUAAUAGUUUUUCUAGAAUCUGUUGCUGGAAACGAUUGUCGAUUCAUCUUUUAUUAUCGAACGUUAUCGCGAAAGAGGUUAUCAGCUAAAUUCGCGAUAUUCUUUCGUAAACUUGUCGUACCGGUAGCCGGUUUUAAUCAGGUAGUCGCUUUUCACGAUUCCUGUUGUGAAGAUGUUGCGAGUAACGAGAUUCCUCAGUAAAAUUCAGAGAUGCAAUUUCUCCGCCCAAACGAUACCGAAACCUACGGAAAAUCCAGAAGUGCUUUAUAGCGGGAUCUUCAUCAACAACGAAUGGCACAAGUCUAAAUCCGGCAAAACCUUCGCAACAGUCAAUCCGACAACUGGGGAAGUCAUCACCGAGGUGCAGAAGGGUGAACAGGCUGAUAUCGAUGCAGCAGUCGAUGCUGCUCACAAAGCCUUCAAGUUCGGUUCACCAUGGAGGACCAUGGAUGCCUCAGAUCGUGGGCACCUUCUCUACAAACUUGCCGAUUUGAUGGAGAAGGACGCCUCCUAUCUUGCAAGCUUGGAGACGUUGGAUAACGGUAAACCAUACACAGCAGCUCUCAGAGACGACAUAGGCCUCAGCAUUAAAGCCAUCCGUUACAUGGCAGGUUGGGCAGAUAAGAACCACGGGAAAGUGAUACCAAUCGAUGGUAACUUCUUGUGUUACACCAGGCACGAACCGGUUGGGGUUUGCGGUCAAAUUAUACCCUGGAACUUUCCACUGCUGAUGUUUGCGUGGAAAAUUGCCCCUGCUUUAGCCACCGGGAACACUGUAGUUUUGAAACCUGCAGAACAAACACCUCUGACUGCCCUUUAUACUGCACAACUGGCUGCGGAGGCAGGAUUUCCUGCGGGAGUGCUCAAUGUUGUUCCAGGUUUCGGAGAUGCUGGUGCUGCCCUAGUAGCCAAUGAUAAGGUAGACAAAAUCGCUUUUACAGGCUCAACCGAAGUAGGUCUGAAAAUCCAGCAGGCUUCGGGUGUUGGUCGCCUCAAACGUACUACUUUAGAAUUGGGAGGCAAAAGUCCAAACAUCAUUUUGGCUGAUGUUGACGUUGCUAAAGCGGUCGAGGCAGCCCAUAUGGCAGUAUUCUAUAACCAAGGUCAAGUAUGUUGCGCUGGAACAAGGACUUACAUUCAAGAGUCUCUAUACGAUGAAUUUGUUGAAAGAUCAGUGGAAAGGGCGAAGAAAAAGGUAGUGGGUAAUCCCUUCGAUCUCAAAACGGAGCAAGGGCCCCAAAUCGAUGGCACUCAAAUGGAAAAGAUUCUCGGAUUGGUGAAGGAAGGGGUGAACCAGGGCGCUAAAUUGCUCACAGGGGGAGGACGUCAUGGCGAUAGGGGUUACUUCGUUGAACCAACAGUUUUUGCCGAAGUGGAAGAUUCUAAUGUGAUCGCUCGUGAAGAGAUAUUUGGUCCAGUUCAACAAUUGAUGAAGUUCAAAAAUCUGGAAGAGAUUAUCGAACGUGCCAACAAUACGAACUAUGGACUUGCCGCUGCUGUAUUUUCGAAGGAUUUGGAUAAAGUGAACUACAUAACGCAGGGUUUGAGGGCCGGUGUAGUCUGGGUGAACACAUACAACUCUCUGCCUGUUCAAAGUCCCUUCGGUGGAUUCAAGGAUUCUGGACAUGGUAGGGAAAUGUCUGAGUACGGAAUCAGGCAGUAUACGGAAGUGAAAUCUGUGAUCACAGCUCUUCAUCAGAAGAAUUCGUAGAUUUGUGAAUGGAUUGGGUUAACUCGCCAAUAUUCUCCAUGUGGGAGAUGCUAUCAUCAUAUAUUUUUGUACAUUAUUACAUGUAUGUUGAAUUGAAACAUUUUUUGUUGUUUGUUCUAUAAAUAUGAUAUUAUUAUGAAUACAGUUUGAAUAUUCAAAGCUUUUGACAGAAA